UCGGCCACAGUCACUUGGGAGAGAUGCCGGCUUUCAGCCGGACGCGACGGAGGAGCACCGCCGGGGGCCCAAGCAGCACCGUGGGGCCCCCGCCACGUCCCGUCUCUACCUGGCCUUCCUGUUUUUGCUCCUCACUCUCACGCCCAGGGUGGACUCGUCAUGGUGGUAUAUUGGGGCCCUGGGUGCAAGGGUCAUUUGUGACAAUAUCCCUGGACUAGCCAACAAGCAACGCCAGCUCUGCCAGAAGUAUCCGGACAUCAUGCAGUCCAUUGGGGAAGGAGCCAAGGAGUGGAUUCGGGAAUGCCAGCACCAGUUCCGUCAUCAUCGGUGGAACUGUAGCACCCUCGACCGCGACCAUACCGUCUUUGGUCGGGUCAUGCGCAGCAGCCGGGAGGCAGCAUUCGUCUACGCAAUCUCUUCUGCCGGGGUGGUCUACGCCAUCACCAGGGCGUGCAGCCAGGGAGAACUUAAAACCUGCAACUGUGACCCCCAGAGGCGGGGGCGCGACAACGACAGCCGAGGAGACUUUGACUGGGGUGGCUGCAGCGACCACAUUAAUUAUGGCAUCCACUUUGCUAAAGCCUUCGUGGAUGCCAAAGAGAAGACCGAGAAGGACGCCCAGGCCCUCAUGAACCUGCAUAACAAUCGAUGUGGCAGAACGGCCGUGAAGCGCUUCAUGAAGCUGGAGUGCAAGUGUCAUGGCGUGAGCGGCUCCUGCACACUAAGGACGUGUUGGUCAGCCAUGUCAGAUUUCCGAAGGACCGGAGAUUUCUUGCUCAAGAGGUACAACAGAGCCAUCCAGGUGACGAUGAACCAAAAUGGGACAGGAUUUACUGUGGCCACCAAGAAAAAUGACCUGGUGUACUUUGAGAACUCACCCGAUUACUGCCGGAUGGACAAAGACGCAGGGUCACUGGGCACGGCUGGCAGAGUGUGCAACAAGACAUCACGGGGCAGCGACGGCUGUGAGGUCAUGUGCUGUGGGUGGGGCUACGACACGACCCGGGAGAAGCGGAUCACCAAGUGCGAGUGCAAGUUCCAGUGGUGCUGCACCGUCAAGUGCAAAGAAUGUGAAGAGACCGUGGACGUGCACACGUGUAAGGCGCAGACAUGAAGUGGACGAUGGGCACCGAGGGCCCUUGCCAUGGGACUGCCGCUGGGGCAAUGGCGUUCUGCGAGCUGGAGUUCCGCUGCAUGGCUUUUGUUAAUCGAACUUCGCCAAAGCAACAAAGGGAGGUGGAGGAAGAGGAGGAGGAGGAGGAGGAGGAGGAGUGUUUUUUCCAGAUGGAUGCUGCAGAUCGCUGCACAUGCUCAGUACCUUUCGUUACCCUGCCCGCCAAAGGGAAACUUGCAAUAUGGGCUUAAACUGUGAACUUCGGGGUUAUUGUGGGGGACGGGAGGGCUGGGAAAGCCGUAGAAUGAAGGUGUGCGCACGUACGUUUGUUUUGCUGCCUUUAUUUUAUUUUUGAUUUUUUUGUUUUGUGUGUUAUGUGUUUUUUUUUUGUUGUUUUUUUUGAAGAGUCAAUUUCUACUUUCUGAACCAAAGUCUAGAAUAUUGGGAUAAUUAUUUGUGUUUUUAAUGUAUCAAUUAUUUAUGUAUUUUUUAUUUUAUUACGGAAAAAAAAAACACUCCUGUAACUUUAGGCAAAUAGCCAUCCUGUACCACACUAUUAUCCUGUUUAUCACUUACAGAUGUUCCAAAGCAAAGGACAGCAUUAAACAAAUCAAAAAGCA